AUGGAGUGGGAGCUCAACUUUCUGCUCUACCUGGCGCUCUUCUUCUUUCUGCUCUUCUUACUUUUCCUCCUGCUCUUCGUGGUCAUCAAGCAGCUGAAGAACUCGGUGGCCAAUACGGCCGGGGCGCUCCAGCCCGGGCGUCUCUCCCUGCACCGGGAGCCUUGGGGCUUCUCCCGCGAGCAAGCGGGGUGGAAACUUGGAACUAGCCUCUGUGCCCUGAUGGCAGCAGCCAUCUGCAGCGUGCAGGAUGUGACCUCGCCCCAUCCCAGCCUCUGUGCCCUGAUGCCAGCGGCCAUCUGCAGCGUGCAGGACCUGACCUCUCCCCAUCCCAGCCUCUGUGCCCUGAUGGCAGCGGCCGUCUGCAGCGUGCAGAACCUGACCUCUCCCCAUCCCGGCCUCUGUGCCCUGAUGGCAGCGGCCGUCUGCAGCGUGCAGGAUGUGACCUCACCCCAUCCCAGCCUCUGUGCCCUGAUGGCAGCGGCCAUCUGCAGCAUGCAGGAUGUGACCUCUCCCCAUCCCGGCCUCUGUGCCCUGAUGGCAGUGGCCAUCUGCAGCGUGCAGGAUGUGACCUCGCCCCAUUCCAGCCUCUGUGCCCUGAUGGCAGUGGCCAUCUGCAGCGUGCAGGACCUGACCUCCACCGUGUUGGCGGCCUGA